AUGUUUGACACGGAAGAUGAUCUCGAUGCCGAAUUCCCCCCUCUCAAACCUUCAGACCCCAUGCAGAAGUACGAGUUCGACUCGCUUGCCCUGGUUGACCGCGAGAUCGACAAGUCAAUCGCCAAAAAUGGCAGUGAAUCCCUGGUGUUUGUAACUGUGUAUGUCUUUUUCCUAUAACCACUCCCACUGCAUUUUUUGCAUGAAUUUUUCGCUCUUGUUUGACGUGAGAGAAACUGGAUGUUCGCUAAACGACUGGUCCAGGUAUCAGACGUUUCCUUCGCAUUUCUAAAAUGUGCUUCCUCAGUCGGACCGAGUACUUUUAUUUCUCCAAACGCAUCCACGCUCUUGAAAUUUACUUGUGGUUGCUCUUUUUUUAAAAUUCGCCCUCAGACAUUUGGCUCAGGGUAUCAGCCUUCUCCGAUUUCCCGUCAGUGCGACGCUGCAGAUGGUUAUGGAUUGCGCCAUAAAGCGUCGGCAAUUGCGUCAGCAUGUUGGUUAUGCCUACAGACUUGAACGAUGGAUAGACCCUACUGAAUCACAUGACAAUGCAGGGGUUGCUCCUACUUUACGUGAGCCUCUAGACUUGACUCUGCGUCUCUCGGACUGUCAAGAACUGGAUAUGCCCUUGCGGUUUGUCCUUAUUCGCGAGCACAGUGAGUGGCCGGAUUCCCCUUCUCCGUUUUUGUUCAUUUGAGUGAUUUGCCCCAGCUCUUUUAGAUUUAUAUCCGCUGUAUCAUGACUGCAGUGCAUCAUAGCUAAACUGUAUGCAUUUCUCGACGGAAUUUUUAAUCGCAUGAUUAUUCAUUCUGCUUAACAGUAUUUUGCCCGCCGGCCUGUUAAAAAUAUCCCGAUCUCCUCUUCAUCAAUCUUCUAAAAUUUAUUUUCCCUAACGUGACUGAAUUUCGCUCAUCCUUCCUAGGUUUCUUUUAUUUUGUCAAAGACUUACAGUUUGCAUGUUUCGUGUGAAGUGAAAUACAGCCGAACGGAAGACGAUGGAUGAGAAGGAAGUCUGAGGAAACAUGUUCUUAUUGCUCGUCUUGGCUUGUGUCCGUAAAGUUGUUCGUUCGUGUUAACCUCUACCGUUACUUGCACCGGUCUGUCACAUCAUGGAGGUUGCUGUAGUACACCAAAAGAUGGUUUAUAUUGGCCAAACUAGAACUAUAAAACUGUCAUCUUACCACCAGAAUGCAUGUACUCCUCAAUUUCUCCACACUCCACCGUGUGUGCCGUCUAGGUCGAUACGAUCCCGCUGUUGACGACACUGAUGACGUGAAUCUACCCGCGCAGACUGCUGCCGGUGCGUCUGAUCUUCCGCUGUUAGUUCUGCAGUCCCGGAAAUAUCGGGCAUCUCAACUGCGAGGUCUCUCUACCCGUGAAGUGCAGCUGAGUAAGUACGCCUAUUUACGCCUUUAGAGUGUUAUAAAAAAUGUGCAGGUUUUUAUCUGCGCAAGUCUCUUGAUUCCAAGUGACUGUUUCUAACCUUGUUCCUUAUGCUGGAAUUCUAGUUAAUCUCAAAUUUCUCGGCAUGUCCCGCUAUUUCCACAUGUUUUCUUCCCUCCCAGCCGUUUCUCCAGACCGUCUUGACCUGCAGCCUUCACGUCGCCCUAAACUCUUUCGCGGUUUCAAGUCCCUCUCCAUACCCAUGUGCAAUGUCCUGGAAUGCUCCACUCCUCUUUCUUCCACCGAAACCGCUGACCAGCCGCUAACGAAAGUUCGUUUCGCUAUCACUUACCUGGUGAGUCUACAUCCCGAAUGUUACCAACUCAUUCGUUUCUUGCAUGGGAGGUCCCAGUCCAUCUAGCUUAUGCUGGCUUCUUAUUUCUCCGAAAUUGGUGAACUCUGUCUGAGGAUGAAAGCAAGAGUUUACAAUUUAUGUGAAUCAGGAAGUUGACCUCAUACAGCUGUCUUUGGCUGAAGGGGUCAGGAGACAUUAGAAAAUUUAUGUUUACCUGAUCGAGUUCUAUGAGGUUCUUUUGCGUUCAUUUCGAAAUUCGCCUUACAGUCAAAUAGUCUUACCUGCCCUAACUACUUUACAUACGCGUAGUUUAUUUUUCCUAGCUAUACUGGCACACCUAAGCUAGAUCCAAUAGAAGAACGGACAAAAUUAUCAGGUUAUGGCAUGAAUAACGAUACAAACGAACCUGAGUUUGCCAUCUAACAAGAUAAGACGGAACCAUCAUCCAGAAGUAGACGCACUCAAGCACGUCGACUUGAAAUGUAUCGCGGACGCCCUCUGGUGAUUUUCACCAAACAUUCUAUCUGUUCGAUCCAUUCCAUAUAUAGCCCAUUCCUUCGCACGGCUCCCAAGUGCACUUUCAAACUUCACUGACUGUGUUCCACCUCGACAAUAUUAGUCAAGAUGACCAGAAGCUUCUACUGUUGCACUAUUGCUUACUCUUCUUAGUCUGUAUAAACAUAUAAUGGGCUGGCGUAUUCAAAGUGGCAGUAGCAGUUUCAUCCGGUCAUCGCCAUUCUGCUUGCAUAAGUUGGGGGUAUUUUCCAACCUACUUCUGCAGGAGUGGACAGAUUGGUCCGGACUGGGACUGAUAAAUCGUAUUCAUGCGGAUGCUUGGGUGCUAAUGAUUUGCCUUCCGCUCUCUGUCUGGUAUUCACAACCACACGAAACAUGGUUUAAGCGAUGACCUUGUCUCCUCUUAUUUGCUGUCGACGCCUGGUCCUUUGACAGGGUUUCCGAGGGCUGACAGAACUGUGAGCUGCGCCAGUAUCGAGAAUGGUUUCGUUCAUUUUUCGUCUGCCCGGAAGAAAAAUAGCUCCUAGGGUUAGUAGUACCUCUUUUGGGUUGACUGACGUUAAUUUGUGGGUGCACUUUAUUGCUCUAGAGCACUUUUGGAGAAACCGUCGUUCUUUAUGCAGAACUUUAUAAACCGUUUCGUAUGUUCUCAUCCUAAUCACCUGACUAGUGAAGCGUUCAAACAAUUGACUCUGAGGGUCUGCCCCUGGGCUAUUAGUCCAAGUCCCGUCCUCCGUCGAUUGAUGAAGGAAAGUGUAUUACUAACCAUGCUGAGCAGAGGAAUUCCACCAAAGUACGCUGGCAUUUUGUACACAAGCGGUCCCCAACAUUUGCUUUGCCGUGUUAGGAGUUCUCCUUCCUAAUACAUUUACCUUGGAACCUCUGAAGUGCAUUGACGAUGAGCAAAGUCACAGUUUCCGUCGUGUCACACCGUCGUCUUGUCUUUGUUGUGUAUUUAUGCGUGGUCGGCGUGUGGCAUGCGUACACGGCGACUCAACAUGUUGACCAUUGUGCCAACAUUCGCUUACUUGUACUUAUUUUCUAACUUAUAAUUUGUCCUAACUUACAUUUGGCAGUGCAAUGUUCUUUAAACCAUCAAAAGUUGCUAGUGGUCAUGGCAUCGGAAGUUGCCGCACCGAUUGCGGGCUACCGCAACUUUUCGGUCGUAGCUGUAAUAUACGUGAUAAUCCUAUAUAUCUCUCUCAUUACCUUCGCAGCCUCAGCCCAUUGACAACUCCGGGACCGCCUCCGCAGAGGAGGCAUUUGGACUUGAGCAAACAGUGGACCUACAUUUUGAGGCUCAGUGGACUAGUGCUCGCGCUGUCUGUCAGCACCUGAACCUCAUAUUUGCAUGUUACGCCAGUCCCUUGCGCGAGACCUACGCAAGACUUCGCUCGGGAGUCUCCUAA